UUCAUUUAGCGUCGGUUUCAACAACAAUGGAAAAUGGAGUUCGGUCGAUUCACGUGAGAGAAUACUAAAUUAAUACACUCUGUCAAAACGCAAAAUGGCGGGGACGAUAAUCGAAAACCUGAGCGGGCGGAAGCUCACAAUAUUAGUGACUUUUCUUUUGCUGUGUCAAAUUGUAUGUUUCUUAAUCGGUGGAUUAGUCGCGCCCGUACCAGCGAACGCGCAAAUCAUCCUCGGGACUGUAUGCAAAGAUACGUCUAUAAUGAAAAAUGAUACCACAAAGUGGUUCUACAAUCGCGGUGCAGGUAUUUGCGAGAAGGUCGACCUUCACCGGAUUCACCACGACGUGUCCGAACGGGAUAUAGUUUUUGCAUUUCAAAUGCCGGUGCCCCGAGAGUCCGAGACUUACGACUACUCGAGAUGGCAACAGAAUUUAAUAGGCGUUUUACAAGUGGACAUUCGAUACCACUCUCAGAUGGAAGUGGCGCCGCGUAGUGCUUUAUCAAUAGAUGCGCGGCUAGCUUAUCGAAACAAAGGCGAUCCGGAUAAUGCAUGGAAAUUAUACACACAAUCGGUAGAGAAGAGAGUUCUAGACUGUGAUAUUGAUAUUAAAUCAGAGAAUUACUUAUACAACUGCUCGGCUGUGCCCCUGUUUGAACUUGGCUCACUAUACCAUGACUAUUAUUUGUUAAAUUUACGGCUACCCGUUGACACACCAGAUAUGAAUGCUCACAUUGGCCACAUACAAGACAUGUGGGUGACAGUUAUCAACCAAAAUGGGGGCUUUACUAAAGUGUGGCUUUCAUUAAAAACAGUAUUCUUUCCAUGUAUCAUUGCAAUACUAGUUUGGUUCUGGCGGCGGAUUCAUAUUUUGGAAAGAAAACCUGUUUUAUUGGAGAAGAUGCUGCUAAGCUUAGGAAUAGCUUUGUGCUUUCUAAAUGCACCUAUAGAAUAUUUGACAUUGCAUUUUGACUUACCAUUUAUGCUACUUUUGGGAGAUAUUAGACAAGGAGUUUUUUAUGCAAUGCUAUUUUCUUUCUGGCUGGUAUUCGCGGGGGAACACAUGUUGAUACAAGACACAUCUGCUCAAAGCUCUCUCAAACAAUACUGGCGUCAUUUGAGUGCUGUUGCUAUGGGUUGCAUUUCACUUUUUAUAUUUGAUAUGUGUGAGAGAGGUGUUCAGUUGCGGAACCCAUUCUACUCAAUCUGGGUUACAGAUUUGGGCACAAACUUAGCCUUGACUUUCAUAAUAUUGGCUGGUAUAUCAACUGGGGUAUACUUUUUGUUCCUUUGUUAUAUGAUCUGGAAAGUUUUUUUGAAUAUAUCUCAAAAGCGUCAGAGUUUACCAACUAUGAGUUCAGUGCGACGCUUGCGUUAUGAAGGAAUCAUUUACCGGUUCAUGUUCAUGAUGUUGGCCACAUUGCUUUGUGCUGCUCUUACUGUGAUUGGCUUUAUUUUGGGCCAAGUGGCUGAAGGCCAGUGGAAAUGGGAUGACAAUAUUGAACUUGAGUACACUUCAGCAUUCUUCACUGGUGUAUAUGGAAUGUGGAAUAUAUACAUAUUUUCUUUGCUGGUACUAUAUGCACCCAGUCACAAGCGCUGGCCAGCUAAUGAAAACACUUCUGAUACUCAGAAUUUGAAUUUGAGUGAGGAACAUGAAUUUAGCCCAUUGCCAACCGAAAGAAGUGAGAUUUCAUCACUAACUUCUUUUAUUAGGAAGGCUACUGUUGACUAGUUACAGAUUUUGGGCUUUAUUAUAUUUAAUUAGAAUCUCACCAUAUUUAUUGUUUCUCUUUUCUAGGAUUUAGAGCAGAAACAAUGUAGUCGACACCAUAUUUAGUGUUAAUAUUAAAAAACAGUAUUAUUCA